GCGCCUCGCUCCGCCCUGGACGCCGCCCGUCCCGGCGCGGAGGUGCGGGGGGUGGGAGCCGGCCCGGCUCAGCCUGAUUUACGGCUCUGCUGAAAACCGCUUCGCUCCCGCAGCAUCAGCACCGGCGGCGGCGGCGGCGGCGGCUGCAGCGGCAGCAACAAGUCGGGACUUUUAGAGUAAUGCAACAGAAGGCUUUUGAGGAAAGCAGAUAUCCCUGGCAGGAGUCCUUUGAGAAUGUUGCUGUGUGCCUGCCAUUCCGUUGCCCGAGGUGUGGAGACCAUACUAGAUUUAGAAGCUUGUCGUCCUUGAAGGCCCAUCUGGAAUUCAGUCACAGCUUCGAAGAAAGAACCCUCUUGACAAAAUGCAGCCUCUUUCCAUCCCUCAAAGACACAGACCUAGUCACUUCCUCAGAACUCCUGCACCAGGGAAAAUUGCAGAGCAGUGGCCAGGUGGUAAAGCAGAAGCCGAGCUAUGUUAACUGGUACAGCGUUUCGCACGAACACUCGCAGGACAGGAAGCCAUGUGAGGUGGUGGCAGAGAGGCCCGUGUCCUGCGUGCAGACGUGCACUGCAGUGGACCUGCGCACGGAGUCGCUGGACGGGCCGCGGUCGAGUCCCGGACUUCCCACCUCGGACACCAAAGCUGCUUUCGAGGCUCACGUCAGAGAAAAGUUCAAUCGGAUGGUGGAGGCCGUGGAUAGGACCAUCGAGAAGAGAAUCGAUAAACUCACCAAAGAGUUGGCCCAGAAAACUGCCGAACUGUUGGAAGUUCGGGCAGCUUUUGUGCAGCUGACUCAGAAGAAGCAGGAAGUUCAGAGACGAGAGCGGGCCCUAAACAGACAGGUGGACGUGGCCGUGGAAAUGAUAGCUGCGCUGAGGCAGCGCCUGACGGAUUCCGAGGAGGAGCUUCUUAGGAAAGAAGAAGAAGUUGUUACAUUCAACCAUUUCCUGGAAGCAGCAGCUGAGAAAGAGGUUCAGGGCAAAGCUCGGCUCCAAGACUUUAUUGAGAAUCUGUUGCAACGUGUGGAACUGGCAGAGAAACAGCUAGAAUUCUAUCAAAGCCAGCAGGCCUCUGGCUUUGGCCAAGACUUCAGUGGGCACGUGCUUACAGAUAUCUCCUCAAAUAGGAAACCCAAAUGCCUAAGCCGAGGGCACCCGCACGCGGCGUGUAACCACCCUGAUCUCAAGACCCAUUUCCAUCCCAAGGGAAGGAGCUACCUGAAAAAAGCCAAGGAUGACAGAGCCGGCAUGCAGCCCGCCAGGUCCAUUCACGAGCAGGGCGAGUCCUCGAGAGAACUCUGCAGGCCGCCAAAGAAAGGGGAGCUCCUGGCGUUGAGCCGGAAAGGCAACAUCAGGCCCAAAAUGGCUAAAAAGAAGCCAACAGCUAUCGUGAACAUCAUCUAAAAGGGUGGGUGGCUCUGGACCAUCAUCGCUGGGUUUUGAGGAAUGUUGUUCCAGGGGACAACGAUAGUGUCCUUUCGGACACAUCCCAUAGUAAGACAUGUUGGAAUAGCAAAGGAAGACACAUACAAGCACUUCGAUUAACCAGAAUUCAACAAAUGGGAAACUAAGUGAAGCGGAAUUGUAUUACAACCCCCUUUUAGAAGGUCGCAAGUUACAGAAAGAAUUUUAAAAAAUUAAAGUUUUAGUAAAACAAAGCCGCAGCUUCUAAAAUAAUUGGCCCAGUCUCCAGUGGUUUUGGCAUCUGGGCUUCUGUGCAGUGGUCAUUAAUUCUCAGGCUCAAGGCCACACAAGAUGUCAGGCAUUGGGAGAGCAUUCAUGUGUGCCCAGUGCUCUCUAAAUUGCGAGGCGAGGAGUGAGAGUGUAAAGUGCUGUUAACAGCAGUGAAAUAAAAAUAUUUGUGUUUGUUUUCAGCCUUCCCCUCAGUUAAUUUGAAAUCCUCCAAAAUAAGGAUUCUGGUUAAUCAACAUUUCAGUCUUUGGGUUGCUUACAGGACUUGUUCAGUCCGAAUUCAGUUCUCAUUUCGAUGGACUGUUUUUCAGUUUGGGUUGAUUGAGGUUUUUUGGUGCCCUAGAUGCAUGUUUAUUCAGGUUUCGGUGCACCUCUGCUGUCGUCUUUGGCUGAGUAUUCUGCAUCCUCAGACCUUGCCUCCAGCCUCUGUCUUAGCAGCUGCUUCUGUCGCGGUGGUUGGGGAGGACAGUAAAACCCUCCUGAUGAGCCCGCAGCCUUGGCGCAGUGUCCGGGUGGUUGGAAUGCCAGCGGAUUGCGCACUUGGUGGCAUCGUGACCAUUCCGGAAGCACUGUGGCUGUUCCUAGGACCUGCUUCCCUGGCAGUGUCAGCGGCUCCCCCUCUGCCAGCUGUGGACUUGACUUUAUCUCCACUGGCCUAACUUUUCCACUCAGCAGCUCACUUCGGCUCCUGCUGCUUCUGUGCCCUUUCAUGACUAAAAUAUACGUGCUUACCUUUCAGCCAAGUAUCUGGAGUGUUCACUGUACAUUGCAUUCUAAAGUAACUUCUGAAAUAAACAAAGCAUGUAGGAGCCAGAAUCUGACACUGUCCUCCCCUUCCUCCUGCCCUA